AUGUCAUCCUCGAAUGAUGCUUCCAGCGAAGCAUCUUCGUCGGAAUACGAUUCGUUGUCAGAUUCAGAAUCCAACAACGAAGAGCCUGUCCUAACAGGCCCCGAGAGCCCAAAGCAGUUCCCAAAGACGGGAUUCAAGAUUCUAGAUCCUAACAUCAAGAUUGAAGAGGAGCGCUUUGAGUAUUACGGUCCGGAUCUCUUCUAUCCAGUUCACAUUGGUGAUGUAUUGAACGAUCGAUACCAAGUCAUCACAAAGCUUGGCUACGGCUCCGUAUCUACAUUGUGGCUCGCUAAAGAUCUACAUGAGCAUCGAUAUGUGACCCUCAAGGUCUUUGUCCAUGGCGAGUCAAGCGCCGAGUUCAACUGCUACUAUCACUUCCACAGUGGUCUUGUUUGCGAGAGCCAUCGUGGCCGACUCUCCAUUCGGAUUGCGGAAAGCCGCUUUCAGGUGGAGGGACCGGGAGGCACUCACGACGUCUUUGUCCUGAAGCCCUUGGGCCUUUCCGUGCGAUCGUUGCAGUUGCAGCUAAACAAGAGAGUCCUUAAGGAGUCGAACGCGUUAGCGAUCGCUCAGGAUAUUCUCGUCGCUUUAGACUAUUUGCAUAACCAUGCAAAGAUAAUUCAUAGCGACGUUCACGGUGGUAACAUUCUAUUGGAAUUCGGCAAUGAGUAUUCUGUCAAGCUGUACGAGCAGGUCGAGUUCAAUAGCCCAACGCCGAGAAAGAUUUAUCCCGAUGGUCGCAUCAUCCACGUUAGCCAGCAGAUUUACAACUCGAGUUACUCUGCUGUUCUUUGUGACUUUAGCAGUGCUCGGAUCUCCCGGUUUGACCAGCCCCAGACGGGCAUGCCGCCCAUGCCCGAGCAGUAUAGACCACCCGAGAUUAUUCUCGGCAUGGAAUUCGGCUACAAGAUCGACAUGUGGUGCUUUGCAAUUGCACUCUUCCGCAUGCUCACCAACCGCACCGUCUUCCCCAUCUACACCGACAACGACCCCCUCAACGACGCACGGCACCUCGCCGCCAUGGUGGCGCUCAUGGGCCCACCCCCGUUGAGCUUCUAUCAAAAGAGCGAGAAGGCGCACAUCUACUGGGACCACAACUGCGAGUGGAUCGGCCCCGUCGACCUCUUCCCGUCCACCUUCACCCUGGAGAGCUUGCUGCCCAGGCCCAUGCAGGGCGCCCCGGGAGCCCUGUUCUUGGAUUUCAUGCGCAGCAUCCUCCGCUGGGAGCCUGAGGAGCGCCUUGAUGCCGUCUCUGCUUUGAAGCACCCCUGGGUGCAUCGGAUGGAGAGGGACAAUGUCCUCGUGCCCAUUCAGGAUUGA